CGUGAAUAUACAGCUUUAUUCAGCUCUUGGUCAGGGCGGACUCUGCGACUUUCCGCUUCCCCACCACAGCAUGGCUUCCAGGCAGCAAGCGGUGAACAACUUCGAAAAUAGCAAACUUCAGUGUCUUGGAAAACGAGACAAGUCGUCCGCCGGACGAAUAGAUCCCAAGGCCGUCGACAUUUGUGCCGUUAUCAAUAAACUCGAACAGUAUUAUACGACCUCAUCAUGUGCGGGUCGCUGCUUCUUGUACCGAGGCCCGGGAGUCAAGUCAACCAACCAAUUUACCAGAUUCCGUGUUUCUCAUGAAAAAAUCUGCGAUCCACUCCGUUAUUUCAAUCUCGAGACGUUGGACAAUGACUUUACUGGAGGUGGCGACCCCGUACGAUCGGUCGGACAAUAUGAUCAAGAGGAUCACAAUCGUGGUACAGUACAAGCCGAAGAUGACGAAAUUCUGCAAAGAGAGCGAUACGGCUCUACUAGUAUUGUUGGCAUGAGUGAAGGUGAUUCAAUUUGGUUGCGCUUCGAACCUUUCAUUUUGCAUGUGGCCUGUCGUUCCUUGGCUGCGGCAUCAGCUCUUAUGGCUGCGGCUCGACCAGCGUUCAAAAAUGUAGGGCUGACAACCUGGAAGCAAAAUUCGAGGUACCUUGUUGCGAUUUGGGGCGACGAAGGCCUAGACAUGCCUUUGAGUAUACCGGGUGCAAGCCGUUUAUUGAUACCUAAUGUUGAUGAUUUAACGUUUCUACCGUAUUGGCUAGCAACCCUCGUCAAUGAGCGCCAUGAACGAAACUGGAGCAAAAUUAUCCGUUUUACCCAAGCUGUUCGCGAUAUGAAAUUGAUCAAUGAUGACAGCGACGUUGAGGCUGAUAAUCGCUUUCUUUUAAUGACGGCAAAUCAAAACGCUUCAAAAAUUCCAAGGAGUUUCGAUGUUGUUGGUGACAUAGCAUUGAUCCAUAACAUAUCUACUGAUGAUCCUGAGGAGAGAAAGCAUAUUGGAGAUGCGAUUAUGCAAAAGAACAAGGCUAUUAAAAUCGUGGCAGUUCGAGAAUCAAGUUUGCACGGGAUUGAACGAGCUCCGGGAAAAGCGGGUGUCGCUAUUAUUGCUGGAAUGCAGAGGUCACCUUUGAUUACUACACAUUGUGAAUACGGUAUUAAGUGCGUGGUUGAUCUGCAGCACACUUUUUUUAGUCCACGAAUGGGACCCGAACGCUUGCGAAUUUGUCAGCAAGUGGCACGCGGAGAAAACGUUUUGGUUCUGUUUGCUGGAGUAUGCAUGGAUGCACUUCAGAUUGCCGGCAGAACAGAGGCAAGCACAAUUCUCGCUGUGGAUAUGAAUCCCAUUGCGACAGAAUGUGGCACUAGAGCCCUGCGUAUGUUGGUACGAAACAAGGCAGUCAAGACGGAUGGAGCGGCUGACCGUUUGAGAAUCAUUGAGGGCGAAGUUUCGCAAGUUCUCGAAAGGCUGCCGAGAAACUUCUUUGAUCGCGUCUUGGCUCCAAGGCCAAAAGAAGGCAACAUGGACGGAGAUCUCGGCUCGGGUGAUGGUGGAAUUACUUUCCUGAGGGCAUUUUUGCCCGUCAUGAAUCAAAAUGGAGGAGAGUGUCAUUGGUACGAUUUCGUUGCUGAUCAUGAGUUUCCAGAAUGCGCUCGGACUCGAAGUCUUGUGGAAUCGGUUUGCAAUCAUCAAGGCCUUUCAAUGGAAGUACUGCAUGUAGCUAGUGUCGGCAGCGUUGCCAUGCGGCAGUUACGCAUAUGUCUAGAUUUUCGUAUAUUUCCAAUGACAAAGGAGGAAACUGUAAGCUUGUAA